GUCGACCAUAACGCACUUCCGAUUUUUGUCUUUUCCGCUCGGUCAGAGCUCUACUUCUCUCGCUUGUGCUCCAUCCUCACUCAAAGGACUCGGGAAGAGAGCUCCCUGCAGGCACCGGUAAAGCACUUUCCAUUUGUCUCUAUACAUACAAGAAUCACAACCAAGAUCCUCAAUACAAUUUAGUAUUCAUCGCAUUAUCGAAGGAUGAAAAGUGAAUCUGGACGAACCUGAUCAAUCUAACGCUAAGAUCUACCUGAUUGCUGUGCAAAUUCCAGAAAAGGUUGGGAAAAGAGAUAGUUCGGGCAGACUUAACCAAACCAGGAAUGAAUUCAAUACGGACAUUUCUCGAGGUGUCUGGUAAAGAGUCACAGCCAGUUAUUGCUUGACAGCUCAUUCCUCGGUCCCAAAGCCAGGUAGAUGAAGCUUGCGCGUGUCCGUGAAGAAUUUGAUCCAGGCUGAUUAUAAGGUCAUUAAAGUGCCGGACGGAAUCUGUUGGAGUAUUUGGUGCUUAAUUUGGGACAGUGGUCAGAAGAAAGGUCCUCACGAGUUGGCUGCAUACGUCACUUUUGGCGAUUUCUCCGGUGCAGUUGUGAAUACUAGCACUAACGAAACAAUCUUAGGACCCAUGAUGCAGUGAAAACUCUGCAUGAGACUUGCUCAUGGUCUCGGACGACAUUGUCUACCUCGAACGGAACGGGCCGGUCUCUCGGUCAUCCUAGCUUUGAGACAGCAGGAUCCAAAUGUCUGUCCACCGAGUGGGAGACUUUACCGUGGUUACGUGUAAAUGCGUUCUACUUUCGCGGUUACAGCGGGUCGUUCUCGGACUGUUGUCGACAAAGUUCAAAAAUAGAUUUACGCUGUUAUAACGCCUGCACACACGGAUUGAGUUCGUCUGCCGCUUUGCCGCUCUCCAGUAUUUUUCCGCGUCCAACAUUAUUUAAGAGCCUUUAGAAACGAGAGCAUUUCUUCAGGCUCACAGUUCAGCUUUUCGCAUCGUCCAAGGCUCUCGAAUGUUCCCCAAGGCAUCGCUCCUAUCUCUCGCUCUUCUCGCUAUUGGUGCGCUCGGCCAACAGGUCGGCACCCAGCAAGCUGAGAGCCACCCCAAAUUCAGCUGGUCCAAAUGUGCGGCCGGUGGGUCCUGUACCACCCAACAGGCUUCCGUUGUCCUCGACUCCAACUGGCGUUGGCUUCACUCCACCAAAGACCUCACGAACUGCUACACCGGCAACACAUGGGAUAGCACUCUAUGCCCUGACGAUACGACCUGCGCUCAGAACUGUGCCCUCGACGGUGCGGACUACAGUGGCACCUAUGGUAUCACGACUUCCGGGAACGCACUCACCUUGAAGUUCGUUACCCAGAGUCAGCAGAAGAAUAUUGGAUCCCGUGUUUACCUCAUGGACACCUCGGACGCCAAGUAUCAGACAUUCAACUUGCUCAACCAAGAGUUCACCUUUGACGUUGACAUGUCGAACCUUCCUUGCGGCCUCAACGGAGCUUUGUACUUCGUCUCCAUGGACGCAGACGGCGGUAUGGCCAAGUCCACUAACAACAAGGCUGGUGCCAAGUAUGGUACUGGUUACUGUGAUACACAGUGCCCACACGAUCUGAAGUUCAUCAAUGGCCAGGCCAACGUAGAGGGCUGGCAACCUUCUUCAACCGACCCCAACGCUGGAUCGGGAACGUUCGGGACAUGCUGCAACGAGAUGGAUAUUUGGGAAGCCAACAUGAACGGUGCUGCUUUCACUCCUCACGUCUGUCGCGGUACCUCCGGUGGUCAGACCAAAUGCAGUGGCACUGACUGUGGUGACAGUCCGGACCACAGGUACGACGGUCUCUGUGACAAGGACGGAUGCGACUUCAACUCCUUCCGUAUGGGAGAUACCUCCUUCCUUGGCCCUGGAAAAACCGUUAACACCAACUCGAAGAUCACUGUCGUCACCCAAUUCCUUACCAGCAACAACUCUACUUCCGGAACUCUCAGCGAGAUCCGCCGUGUCUACGUUCAGAACGGCCAGGUCAUCCAGAACUCGAAAACUAACAUUGCCGGCAUGGACUCCUUCGACUCUGUCACUGAUGCUUUCUGUAACGCUCAAAAGACGGCUUUCGGUGACACGAAUUCCUUUGAAGAUCGUGGUGGGCUUGCUGCCAUGGGACAGGCUUUCGCAAAGGGAAUGGUUUUGGUGAUGAGUUUGUGGGACGACCACGAAGCCGGAAUGUUGUGGCUCGACUCGAACUACCCUCUCGACAAGUCCCCAUCUACUCCUGGUGUUGCUCGCGGUACUUGCGACUCUGCAUCAGGUGACCCUCAGACGGUUGAGUCGCAACAUGCAAGUGCUAGUGUGGUCUUUUCCAACGUCAAGGUUGGUCCUAUUGGAUCCACUUUCGGCCACUAAUCUUCAGUUUCGUCGCCUUUCGACUUUGUUUGAUCCCAGAGGUCAUCACAUGUACUUACAUACCAUCUGUAUUCUACAUGUACAUUACCAUGUAAGAAAACAAAAAUUGAUGCCGUUCCGAAUAAA